CAAAAUUGUCAGGACAUCAGGAGCUGGAAGUGUUUUGAGCCUGUUCAAACAUGGAGCACUGGGACUCGCUGGGAUUUUUGAUUGUCACACUCAACUAUAAUGUGACUAUUGUAGGCAAGAUGUGGCUGAUGUUAACAAUCCUGCUGCGAAUGGCAGUGGUGGUGUUAGCAGGUUACCCCCUCUACCAGGACGAGCAGGAGCGUUUUGUCUGCAACACCCUGCAGCCCGGCUGCUCCAACGUUUGCUAUGACCUGUUCUCUCCUGUGUCUCACUUCAGAUUCUGGCUCAUUCACACCGUGUCUGUCCUGCUGCCCUAUGCUGCCUUCAGCAUCUAUGUUUUGCACCAGGUGGCCGCGYACAUUGUACGGAUGCACUGCCUGGUGCACGGGGGCAAAGGAACCAAGGCUUUGUCGAGCCCUAAAGAUGUGAAGGAGCUCUGUGCAAGUGCUGCUGGCAAUAGAUUAAAUUGUGGUGCAGGCAAUCUAAGUGUCCUUAAUUUUUCUGGGGCAUAUACCCUCCAUCUUUUCAUUAGGACCCUACUUGAGGUCACCUUUGUGGCUGUGCAAUAUUUUCUUUUCGGAUUUUUUGUUCCCGACCGCUUUUCCUGCUACCACUCACCCUGCACGAGCACCGUGGACUGUUACAUCUCCCGGCCCACGGAGAAAUCCAUCAUGAUGAUUUUCRUCUGGGGGGUCAGCACUCUGUCCUUCCUGCUCAGCCUUGCUGAUCUCGUCUGUGCUCUCCGGAGAAUGAUGGCAAGGAAGCAGAAGAAGGAGCUGCUGCCAAASCUGUGCACAGAGAAGGAGUGCAUUUUGCAUCUUCCCCCUGAGCAGCACAGCUCUUCUCCACCUCAAAAUGAAGAUGGUGCAGUAGCAAACAGCUGUCAGACCAGUGAUGGCUCCUGCUCACUUCUCUCUGAAGAGGAAGGAGAGGCUGUUCUUCAUCCUGAGGGUGUCCCUCAGCCAAGUGCCAGCACUGACCUCAGCAGCAGCAGCAAAUGCUGUGUGUCAGGAGAUCUCACUGCCAAACAGCACAGCUUUGAGGAGCCCUUGGGUGCCACUGACCASCCAGGAACUCCCUGCAGGCAAGUGAGCUCCAGACUCCAGCAAGACUUCAGUAAAGACACUGCCCUGGCUUUGAGACCUCAGAAUAAGUCUCCCCUUGGAGUUUCUUCCUCUAUGGUUCAGAACAAGCUUUUAGGAUUCUACGCUUCAGCUGAGAUUAAAAGCCCUGAUGCACAAUCCAAUUAUAGCAGCACUAGUUGCCUGAGGUCAAAAAAGUCAGAAUGGGUAUAGAAGGCAGAGWGAGCACUACCCUGUGACCUUGACAGGGCAAAUCAUUGCAUCACUGGAGAGGCUUUGGGCAGCUCCAGCUGARUCCUUUACCUGUGGUUAUGCUGCAGAGACACUCUGCCAUGCUGACCUCCAUUAGAAAGGAGCAAAAACUUUGGAWGAGAGUUUGAAGGAUGUUGCAUUAAGGGACAUGUUCUUCCGAAAAUGUGACAUCUUUAUAUUUCUCUGAGUGUGGAUGACUUAAAA